UCAUCAUAAUGAGCAAAGUUUCUGGAGGAGUUAAACAACUCUAUCAGUUCUCUGUUUCUUCCCGGAAUUCCUGGGAGCAACUGCAGCAAGCCAAGGAGCAGUUGCAGCCUUCACGCAACCUCCAUGCAGGUAUUGGUGGUAGAAAGAAGACUGCCCCUUUACUAUUAGGAGUCCCUAAUCGUCUAGCAGCAAAACCUUACAACGCAGUAGGAGGAAAAUCUGCGGAAGGUUCUGCUAGAGGCUCGACACCCACGACAACAACAACAACGUCGGCUACUUCCCACUCUAAUGAACUCACGACUGCUUCAGCAGUUUCACCUUCAUAUGUGGAAGAAUAUGAGUCUACUACUUUGCCAUAUAGUGGGAACAAGACUGGCAAGAAGCUUCAAGUUAAUGACAGUGCAGCUACUUAUGGUUCUUUAAGCACUCUUCAUCUUAUUCGUUCUUAUUUGGUUUUGAAAAUGGCGCAAUUGCCAUUAGUAGCAAGUGUUGGUCCCAAAAUUUUUUCUGCCACUCAAAAAUUGCCAAAUGUGAUGCGUCAACCUGCCAAUUAUGUUGUGAAGAAAACCUUUUUUGAACAAUUUUGUGGAGGUGAGUCUUUGGUGGAAGCAGUUACAGCUACCCAAAGACUUCGGGACUCGGGUAUUUCUUGUAUUUUUGACUAUGCUGCGGAAGGUUUGGUAGGAGAGGAGAACGUGUACGAUUCGGCGGCUUCUGUUGUUGAGUCCACUAUUCUUCAGGCUAGGGAUAUUGGUGCAGGAGGAUUCAGCUGUAUCAAAGUUUCUGCUGUAUCACCAAUGAGUGUUUUGGAAAAGGUUACUUGUUCUAUUCACGGGAACGGUGGAAUUACCAGUGUAGAUCCUGAGUUGACCUUGAAUCCCAUGAAUGUUCCCAAUUUGACUCACGAAGAAGCAGCAGAAUGGCAGCAAGUUAUUUCUCGUUUAGACCGCGUUUGCAAGGCUGCGUAUGAGAAGGGUGUUCCUAUUUUAAUUGAUGCUGAGCAAUAUUAUGUCCAAGAAGCCAUUGAGUAUCUUGCGUUAGGUAUGCAAAAACGCUAUAAUAGGGACAUGCAUAGCCCUGCCAUUGUCUAUACCACUGUACAGUGUUAUCUCAAAUCAGCUGUAGACCGUGUGGAACAAGGCUUGGGUCUUGGUUCCAACUUGGACUUUAAAUAUGCUGCAAAACUUGUCCGUGGCGCAUAUUUGUUUUUUGAAAGGAGGUUGGCUUUGGAAAAGGGUUAUUCUUCACCAGUUUUUGAUUGUAUAGAGGACACGCAUCGUUGUUACAACGAUAUUGCAGCUAGAAUGGUUUCUCAAGUUAGCAAUAAUAGUGCCUCUUUAAUGCUAGCUACCCACAACUUAGAUUCGGUGGAGAAGGCAGCAACUCAAAUGGCUCAGAAGCAACUGCACGCUAGCAAUCCUAACGUGUAUUUUGCUCAGCUUUUUGGAAUGGGAGAUUCUAUGACUAUGGCUCUAGCUAAAGAGGGUUAUAAUACUUGCAAAUAUGUUCCCUUUGGACCUAUAGAGGAGGUGAUGCCCUAUUUAACUCGUCGUAUUGAAGAAAAUCGAGAUAUCCUGGGCGGUGCUAGAAAAGAGGUCAGUUUAUUUAGCGAAGAGUUGAAACGUCGUGUUCUUUUGAGAGCAGCUUAAAUAUUCUUAAAAGUCAUGUUGUUAUAUAGUUUUAUUAUUUUUGGGAUGAGAAUAUUGUCCAUCGGGAUUUCAAAAGUUAAAAUAAAGAGGAAUGUUGAAUAGUUUUUUGAACAAGACAAGUUGGAAAGUUGUGUGGACUGGGGUUUCUUUUGUUGGAGUGGGAGUGGCUUUGUAUUAUCCUUUUAGGUUGCGUUCCUUGAAAAGUGACAAGUGCUGGAGUUUAUCUGCUACCACCUUCUUUGCACCUUCAUAUUCAGAAUGUGACUUGCGAGGUGUAGAAGAAACACAAAAACUUUUAUCCAAACUUCCAGCUUCUCGUUUAUUAGAUCAACUUGCCACAGUUGAGUUUUUAUUACGCUGGCCACGUUUUGCAAUAUUAUAUUAUGAAACAAAAAGUCGAGGAAACUAUCAAGUGAUUCAACAAGAUAACAAGAGCUUAUUAUUAGAACAAUCUUGCUUUCCGCAGUUGUUUUGUUUGGAUU